GAUAGGCUCGUCUGAAAAUCUUCAUCAAUGGCAUACACGCGUUCUUCUAAGUUUACUUACUUGUUAUAUCAAGCUAGGUUAGGAUGACAUGCAUGACGUGAAGAUAAGGAGCAAGCUGGGUGUAGGUUAUCUCAAGGUGUGUUCUUCUUUCCUAUUGCUUAAUGUGAUUGUCUAGACAAUUCUCCUAUACACUCCUUUUUUGAGUAAUUGUCUCAUUUGUCUAUCACUACCCUUUUUCUUCACUCUUUUAACUUGACAUUCUUGGAGAACUUCUAUCCUUACCUCUUUAUCAUUUGAUAUGCACGUCUUUUCUUUCAUUACAAUAUUUUCAUAAUACCACUUUCUUUCGUAUCACCACCACUUGCCUCUCAUACCAUAUACUUAUCACCACCGCCAUGUUAUUUAAUCCACCCCGGAACUCUCCUCGUCUCCUCUUCCUGGCUCUGCUCUCCACCUUGUGCCUCUGUUUCCUAUUCCAAUGGCGCCGUGAACUCUCCUCUUCCAAAACAUCCUGGAAACUUCUCCCUACGCCCCUAUCUCCCGAAAUCUCAGUCAAGGAUCCAAAACCCCGCUUUGAAUCUUUCCUCUCUAAACUUUUAGAACAAAAACCCUCAAAUUCAUCUCUAGAACUUCCAGACGGAUACGUGCUAGUCCGCAUCGAGGAGAUCAAUGAAGAAUCAGAACGAAUAGAUCAUCUCACCUUAAGCCAAGAAGAUCUUGAUAUCUCCACAAAAGCUCACUCCAACGUCCUAGAAAUUCUGCCACAAUACUCUGACUUGAUUACCUACGCCCCCAAAACCAACGGACUCAUAACCGUCGGUGGCGGUUCCUACACCCCCGCCCUCCUCGUCUCUAUUCGCAUGCUGCGAAAAACAAACUGCACCCUCCCAAUCGAAGUAUUUAUCCCCACCCACGAAGACUACGACCCCUAUUCAUGCGAAAUCCUCGCCUCCCUAAACGCAAAAUGUGUUUCGCUCCCCUCAUUCCAAAAUGCCACCAUCGACCGCUACCAAUACAAAUCUCUCGCAUUCCUCUUCUCCACCUUCGAAUCCGUCCUUUUCCUCGACGCCGAUAACUUCCCCCUCGUAGAUCCCACUCCGUGGUUUUCUGCCCCCGUCUUCCAGGAAAAAGGAAUGAUCACCUGGCCCGAUUUCUGGGCCAACACCGCUUCUCCUCUUUUCUAUACCCUGGCGAAUCAAUCAGUCCCGGCUAUCCAAUCCCAACACGCAUCUUCCGAAGCGGGCUCAAUCCUUAUUUCCCGCAAUCUUCACAGUCAAACAUUACUCCUAGCCUUCUAUUACAACCUCUUCGGACCAGGUUUCUACUACGAAAUGUUAGCGCAGAAAGGAAUAGGUGGAGAAGGAGACAAAGAAACUUGGGUAGCUGCGGCGAACGUGUUGAAAAAAGACUACUGGCAAGUUCGAGAAAGAAACCACGCUCUAGUAAGUGUAGAACAAGUAGAAAAAGAAGAAGAAGACGAAGAAGGAAAUUGGAGGAAAACAGGAGAAUGGGUCCGAGUUGGAGAAGAAAAUUUAGACGAGGUGGUUGCGAUGGUGCAGUUUGAUUUUAUCGCGGAUUAUGAAGCUUCAUUCCCUCCUUCUCCGUCUCCAUCUCCAUCUAUUUGGAAAUUCGAUCUCAAAACUAAGAAAGCCUCGGAAGAAUCCGAAACGGAAGUCAAAGAUGUGGAGGUCCCUACUUCGCGAAAUAAUCCAGAUGCAAAACUUGUAUUCCUCCAUGCAAAUCGUAUCAAGUUGCAUCCGGCAGAAGUGCUCGAGCGCUUAGAUGAUUUCCAUGGCAGGGGAAGAAUGUGGGGAGCGAAAGAAAAAACGAUUCAGCGUUUUGGGAGAGAUUUGGAAGCGGAGAUUUGGGAACAGGUGAUUGAGGUGGCGUGUAGAUAUGGGGAUACUUUGUUAUUGGAGGAGGGAGAGGGAGAGGGAGAGGAGGGGAAGCAGAAUUCGAAGGAGAAGGUGUGUGAGGAUUUGAGGCGGUUUUGGUGGGGGAUUUUGGGGGCAGAGGAGGUGGAAGAAAAAGUAAGGAGUGCGGGGGAGGAAGAUAGAAGGAAGGUGGUGAGAGGGAAUGGGGGAGAAGGGGAAGGAGAGUGGAAGCCGAGGUUGGGUCACGAGGAUGGGGUUAAGAGGUCUGGGUAGAUUAAGUAAAUCAUUGAAUGGAAAAUGUUUUACACAAGGUUGGGUUGAUUUUACAGCAUUAGGAGUUCAAGGAACAAGGCGUCAAGGAAAGCAAAGCAUAAAGCACAGCAUAGAAACAUUGAUA